AUGGCGAUGUCCACACGGCUCCCGGCCACGGCGCUGAUGCAGGGGGAUUACAUGGUAGGCCAGAAGUACGGCCUUGAGGUGGCAGCGCCGGUGGACAACGCCGGGAACUUCACCGAGGAGGUGGGUCUCGAGAGCCUGGUCGGGGCGAACGUUUUGAAGGACGCCAACUCCCGAGUCACCGAGCUCCUGGAAGAGAAGGACUUGCUGCUCUUGCGCUUCCCGUACUCUCACAAGUACCCCUACGAUUGGCGGAGCAAGAAGCCGGUCAUCACUCGCGCAACCCCUCAGUGGUUUGCCAGCAUCGAUGGCCUUCGUCCCAAAGUCAUGAAGGCGGUGAACCAGGUCCGGUUCAUUCCGGAAUCCUAUGCCAACCGCAUGCGGCCCAUGAUCGAGGGUCGCAGUGAUUGGUGCAUCUCGCGUCAGCGCUCCUGGGGGGUGCCGAUCCCCGCCUUCUACCGCAAAGACGAUGGCGAGCCGCUGCUGAACGCGGAUGUCAUCAGCCAUGUCCGGGGCAUUUUUGAGGAGAAGGGCAGCAAUGCCUGGUAUGAGCUCUCGGUGGCCGACUUGUUGCCUGCGGAGUACCAAGACUCCGCAGAGCUCUACGAGAAAGGUACCGACACCAUGGAUGUUUGGUUUGACUCCGGGUCAUCUUGGGCAUACGUCGAAGAGGAGCUGGGCUCGCCGGUGGACCUGUACCUUGAGGGCCAGGACCAGCACCGCGGCUGGUUCCAGUCAUCUCUGAUCACCUCGGUGGCGGUGAAUGACCGGGCGCCCUACAAGAGUGUGAUGACGCACGGGUUCUGCGUGGACGAAAACGGCCGCAAGAUGAGCAAGUCUGUGGGGAACGUCAUCGACCCGAGAGACAUCAUUGAGGGCGGCAAGAACCAGAAAGCGGAGCCCGCGCGGGGCGCCGACGUGCUGCGCUUCUGGGUGGCCUCGGUGGACUUCUCCAACGAGGUGUCGAUCAGCCAGAACAUCCUGAAGAACGCGGAGGAGAACGUGCGGCGGCUUCGGAAUCGAGCCCGCUUCAUCCUUGGGAACAUUCACGACUUUGACGUGGCAUCGAACUCUGUGGAGUACGACAAGCUGCCAGCGAUUGAUCGGUGUCUUGUGCAUCGAGCGGAGUCCGUGUUCCAGCAGGUGAAGGAGGCCUAUGACUCCUACUCCUUCAGCACAGCCACGAAGAUUUUGGACAGGUUCACCUCGAUUGACCUGUCCUCACUGUAUCUGGACCUGACCAAAGAUAGGCUGUACAGUGCUGGGAAGGAUAGCCACACCCGAAGAAGCUGUCAGACAGUCUUGUACUGGAUCCUGGUGAAUAUGACCAAAGUCAUCGCACCGGUGCUGUGUCAUCUUGCUGAAGACAUUUGGCAGUCUCUGCCGAAGCAAGAGGAGACCAGCGUCUUCCUGGCUGGCUGGUGCACGCCCUUCCCAGGCAAGCCGGAGGAGGCGGAGCCGUUGGUUCAUCACAUGGACUGCGUGCUGCAGCUGCGCGACCCCGUGAACCUGGCCCUUGAGCGCGCACGCGAGGGCAAGAUGAUCGGCUCCGCCCUGGAGGCAUCUGUGAAGAUCGCCGUGAAGAGCGGCUCUGAUCUCCAAGAGGCCCUGGCAAAAGUGGCCGAAUCUGAGCACAGCGCGGAUUCCCUCAGCCUGCUGCUUUCCGUGUCUCAGGCGGAGUACGAGGCUGCUGACGAGCUGCCGGCGGUGUCGGAUGAGCCCAGCAGCGAAGAUCAGGACUUGGGGGUGGUUGUGACGGUGAGCGGCGCCGCUGGCACCAAAUGCGAGCGCUGCUACGUCUUCAGCGACGCGGUCGGCGCCUGCAAGGCGCACCCCAGCCUCUGCCCGCGUUGCGCCGACGUGGUGCAAGAGCUGGGCGUUGCGUCGCCCCUGGAAGCUGCGGCCGGAGCGUGA